AUGUCUCUGGCAAAAGACGAUCAAGCUUUGGGCACUGUUUCGCGCGAUAACAGGCUCUCGUUGACAACAGUGGCUUUUUGUCAAUGGCUCGAGCACCAUCAUGUGCCCCUUUCCCGUCCAGCGUCGUCUUCUGGUUCGAAUACCAUCGAUGCUGCUUCGACUCUGGCAACAACGCUGCUUCAAGAUGCUACACACAACAUCUCCACAGAUGCAGACAGCGAGGGUACAUCAACUAAGCCAAAUGACGAGCUCGCAGCUAAUUGGCCGCCAACAAUGUCGCACUUCCAAGCCUGCUUGACACCCAUUGCUGGUCAAGCAGUCGCUCUCUGUGAUGCCACCCGAACCGGAGCUGACACAUCGCGCGCCACACCAGUGCAGCUCAGCGAGACGAUGCUCUUGAAGCCUCGCAUUGAACCCAGCGAUCCCAUCACUUGGAUGUCUCGUCGUAAAUGGCUUCUCACUUUCCUCGUAGGUUUCACCAUGUUCAACGGCUCGUUUGCCUCCACUGCACCUAACGGAGCUGGCAUCGCUAUCGUAAAGCGAUUCGGACUCUCGCCUGAAGAGCUCACCUUGAUAUCAUCCUCGUUUGUCGGAGGUUGUGUCGCCGGUCCCAUCCUUUGGGCUCCCCUAUCAGAAACCUACGGGCGACGACCUGCGUUUUUGAUCUCGAACUGGCUCUACUCGCUCACCAACAUUGGUUGUGCGCUCGCCCCUACCAAAGCCGUCUUGUUCACCUUUCGAUUCCUCGCCGGAGUCUCUGCCUCUUGCGCCUUUUCCAACGCUGUGGCGGUGGUCACCGAUCUCUUUGCACCUCCCCAUCGUACUUUGCCUAUGAUUGUCAUGUCGCUGGCGCCGCUAUUGGGGCCUUGCUUCGGUCCGCUUUUUGGCUCCCUGAUCAGCUCGCUCCUUCAUUGGCCUUUUGUCUUUUGGCUGAUGGGCGCCUUGGGCUUGGCACUGCAAGCUGCACUUUGGUUACUUCCAGAGACGUACGCUCCCGCCAUUUCUGCUGAUAUUGAACCCAAGGAGACGAUUGCUUCGCCAUUCAUGACACGACGACAGAGAUUUCGUGCCUUUCUCGUGUCAAACCUGAUAAGGCCUAUCAACAUGAUGUGCCGUGAACCCAUCGUCAUGUGCGCCACAUUUUAUCUGUCCUUCUUCUUUGCCUUUAUGUACAUGUUCUUCGCCUCCUGGCCGCUGAUCUUUGGCCCCCCGGGCAUCUAUAAGCUCGACGCGGUGCAUACUGGGAUCACGUUUUUGCCCAUAGGGUUCGGAGGGGUCUGUGCGUCUGUUUGGCUAGCCUACCGCGAGCGCUACUGCGGCAGAGCAAGCGCACCACCCGCACGAGCUAAUCCGGAAGUCAAGCUGUUUCCGACGUUCUAUGUUGCGCCUCUGGUGGCUGCCGGGCUGCUCUGGGCAGGUUGGCUCGCACGCACUAGCAUUCCGUAUCCGGUGACCAUGUUGGGGGGUGUACCGAUCGGUAUGGCCAUGGUGCUCGUCUUCCAGGGCUGGAUAGGUUACCUCGGCGAUUGCUAUCGGCUCUACGCUUCUUCUGCGAUCGCAUCUACCGUCAUUGGGCGCGCGAUCUCGGGUGCUACCAUCCCUCUCUGCACUCAUCGGCUGCACGAAAAGCUUGGUGGCAUCGGCUGGCUCUACACGCUGGUAGCCGGUCUGGUGUUGCUGACCACGCCGAUCCCGGUGCUCAUCGAUCGAUUUGGUGAGCGGCUACGUGCGCGAUCCAUGUACAAACCAGGCAGCGGCUGA